UCAAAACCAUUCCCAAUUUUCCAUUGUAGUGCCUCCCUCCUCCCAGAAAACUCACUUGAGAUUGGGUUUAGGGUUUGGUGAAUCACAAAUGUUGGGAAAGGGAAGGAAAGUUUCCGGUCGCGGCGAGACCGUGGCGGCGAACUACGCGUUUGGGCCGCAUGAAGACGACAUAAUCAUCAAGCACCGACUUCUGACCCGCACCACCACCACAAGAGGCGAACCGCCGUUGAAGAAGCUCCAGAAGAAGUUCACUUCCCUCUUCGUCGAGCUCGACAAGGACGAUGACAACUACGCCGACUGCGACAAGCUCGCCAGAGCCUUCCUUCAAGAGCUCUCCACCUUCGAGAUUCCCCUCCUCAAGAGCAAAGCGGUCGUGGACGCCAAUCUGAGAGAGAAGCACAACUUCGAUGAGCUGCGGGAGGAGAUUAACCGGCAGAUUCUGCAGGCGCAGACCGACAUUGAAACGCUUAAGAAGCAACUGGAGGAGGCUAAGAUUGAGAGGCGGCAUAAGGAGGAGUGCGAGGCCAUUCGGAGGUUGAUUGCUAUGCAGCCGCCUCGGUCUCAGACGCUCAAGAUCAUAUCGGAUUUGGAGAAGGAGAUUGCGGCUUUGGAUUCGGAGAAUACUGCCAGUUCAAGGAUGCUGGAGCUUCGUAAGAAGCAGUUUGCUCUGCUCUUACAUGUGGUGGAUGAGUUGCAGACUACUAUAGAGGAAGAGCAGAAGAGUUUAAUUGAGGAGAAGGAGCAGAGAGGGGGGAUGGAGGAUGCAAAUGGAGGACCGGAACCAAUGCAUGUUGAUUAAGGGUGUACAAUGCAUCUCAGAUUUAUAAUUUGUCUUAGGUGGAUCAGUUGCAGGCUACCACAGAGGGAGAGCAGAAGAAUUUAAUUGAGGAGAAAGAGCACAAGUAUGCACUGGAGAAGUAGGGCUUGAAACUGAUGCCUGUUGAUUACAAGUGUAUGAGAGCAUCUUGGAUUUGUAAUUGUAAGAUUCUAUGCUCAUAAGUUCUACUGAUGAAAUCAUCUACAUCCCGAUUUUUUGUAACAGGCAUACAAGAGAAUAUAAGUUUCCUGCCCUGCAGUUGUAGUAAGUAAGCAAUAUUUUAAAAUUCGUAACUUUUAAGUAAUCGGUAGAAUUUCUUGCACACCUGCAUUAACAUGUUCAGAUGUUGAAUAUAAUAUUGGCAAAACUUUUCUUCUGUUA